AAAUUUGACUUCACACAGGCAAUAUACUUGCACUAUUUGCUGGAGAAUGUCGCUGUCCAUUUUCAUAGGCUAUAAUUUGAUGCAAAUGAUAUUUCGUAUGCUUAACCCAAACAUUCCUCCAUUUCAGUUACUGUAAGAAUGGAAUACUGCGUUGCCAAGAUUACCCAGACUGUAAUCCCCCAAUGGUUUAUACAGACUGCAUCAACAGCCAGAGUGGCGUUUAUGGGAAGGCUUGUGAGAGAACCUGCGAGUUGCAGGAACCCCCAUGUCUCGGCAUACGGUGCUAUCCAGGCUGCGUUUGUCCAAAAGACCUUGUGAGAACUCGCAAUGACACUUGUGUCCAACCACAUUUUUGCCCGUGCCAGCACAAUGGCAUUACAUAUGCACCUGGGGAUUCGAUCCAAGUUGAUUGCAACCAAUGCAACUGUUCCAAUGGUUUCUGGAACUGCACCAAGAACUACUGUGCCGCCAUCUGCAAGACAUUUGGAAAUGGCCAUUACGCCACAUUUGAUGGAAAGGGUUUCUUGUUUAAUGGAUACUCCUGUGAAUACGUAGUGGCACAGGACUACUGUGGCACCAGUCCACAAAAUGGAACGUUCCAGAUCACCGUGGAGAACAUACUGUGUGGCAGUACCUUGUCCACUUGCUCCAAAUCCAUAAGAUUCUUCUUGCAGGACCAAGAGAUAACAUUGGCAGAUGGGACCUAUUCAUUCUCUCCCAGGUCCAAGAGUAUUAGCAGCACACACAGAUUUAGGGUUUAUUCUGUUGGGCUGUACCUAAUUGUCGAUGCUUCAAAUGGAAUAAAACUAGUCUGGGACCGCAAGACAACCCUGUUCAUCAAGGUCACCCCGGACAGGAAGAAUGAGCUGUGUGGCCUUUGUGGCAAGUACAACGGGGAUGUGUCUGACGACUUCACCAUGCGGGACCACUCGGUGUCGGCUAAUGCGCUUCAGUUUGGGAACAGCUGGAAGGUCGACGAGACAUGCCCAGAUAUGGGCGAGGAAGUCCCUCCUUGUGUGCUGAACUUUAACCGCAAGGCAUCGGCCGAGCGGGAGUGCAGCCUCCUUAGCAGUGGGGUGUUUGCAUCAUGCCACGGAGAGGUGGACUACGUGCCAUACUACGAGGCCUGUGUACGCGACUCGUGUGCAUGCAACACUGGCUUGGCGUGCGAGCUCUUCUGCACUGUAGUGGCUGCCUAUGCAGAAGCAUGCAAUGAAGUUGGCCUGUGCAUCCAUUGGAGGACCCCGGACUUAUGCCCUGUUUUCUGUGACUUCUAUAAUGACCCCAACGCAUGCACCUGGCACUACCAUCCAUGUGGCACUGUCAACACCAAAACUUGUGACGAUCCAGAAGGCAUCAACCUGGGUGACUUCCCAAGGCUUGAAGGCUGCUACCCUAAAUGUUCAAAUGCUACAUACUUGGAUGAACGCACCUUGCACUGCGUGUCAAGGGAGAACUGCAGCUGUGAGCUAAAUGACACGAUAGUCCUUCCUGGUGGUACUUUGGUGAGCAGGGACACGUGCCAGAUAUGCAACUGUACUAUGGGGCAGCUUCACUGUGCUACAGCCAAUGUCUGCUGCGUCUACAAUGGACACCAAUUUAAGCCAGGUGAAAUCGUCUAUAUACACACCGAUCUCGGUUCGCUGUGCAACGUCACGGGAAUAUGUACCGACGCCGGAAUGAUUGGCAGAGACACCUUGUGUCCGUCUACAACUCCCACCAUCACAGCAACAUCACCUGCGUUCACCACGGGGAGUGGGUGCUAUUCCCUUGUCCCUCCACGACAGCAUAUGGAGACUUGGAAAGUGAACAACUGUACGAAUGCCACUUGUGUCGGCAACAACGUCACCUACACUGUGAAGACUUGCAGCGAAUCCACAAAGCCCAACUGUUCUUUUGUACGCAACGUUUCUGACAGUGAUGGUUGCUGUACAUGGCAAUGCCAAUGCAAAUGCCAGGGAUGGGGAGACCCCCAUUACAUCACAUUUGAUGGUGUUCAGUACACCUUCCUGGAGGACUGCACUUACAUCCUGAUGGAGGAGAGGAUUAAGCAACAGAACCUUACGAUCCUCCUCGACAAUUAUCAAUUCACCCGUGGAAACCCAGCCUCUUUUGUCAGGGGCCUCGUUGUCAACUACAAUGGGAACUCUGUCAACAUGAGCAUCCCAGCCACUCUGGGGAGAAGGCAGAACAUCAUCACGGUAUACUUCAACAACAUACUGGUGAUGCCACCCUUGUCAUCGAAUGGGAUUGACAUUACCUCCAGUCGCAUUGUGGUGAAGGUGGCCAUCCCUGCCAUAGAUGCAACCAUCUCAUUCACUGGCGAUAUGUUCUCCAUCUACUUGCCAUAUGAUUUAUUUAAAAACAACACCCAAGGACAAUGUGGCGUUUGCAACAACUUGUCCAACGAUGAUUGUGCCUGGUGGAAUGGCACCGCAGAGCCUGCGUCGUGCUGCCCCAGCACUGCCUCGAGCUGGGCCGUACGUGACGUUACAAAGCCUCACUGCCUCUCCUCGGCGUUCAACUCCAGCAAGAACCAGAGCUGCACACCCUCCACGACGCCGGCUCCGUGCCAAAUGAACAUGUCGGUGUGCGGCGCCAUCAACAGCACCAUGUUCUUAAACUGUUCAAAGGUGGUGAGCCUGCAAGAGUUCCUGGUCACGUGCAAGUAUGAUCUGUGCCAAGUGAAUUCCUCUCAGGCUGGCUGCCCAAGUAUUCAAGCAGCAGCAGAAAAGUGUGCCCAACUGGGCUACAACGUUGACUGGCGUAGUGCCACCAAUGGAACUUGUGGCUACAACUGCACUAACGGACAGUAUAUGCCGCAAGGUCCAAAGAUUGUAAAGUCCUGCUCCAAUGGCAGUGUAGUUUCUACCAUACAACAUGAAGAAGGCUGCUAUUGUCCUGAAGGAAAAAUAAGUUGCAAUGGUUCGUGCAUUCCUGAAAUAAGUACAACCACAAUGCCUUCAACUUCAUUGGCAACCACUGCAACUACCACCAGGAGGACGACGCCACCUACCUCCACUGCAACUACCACCAGGAGGACGACGCCACCUACCUCCACUGCAACUACCACCAGGAGGACGACGCCACCUACCUCCACUGCAACUACCACCAGGAGGACGACGCCACCUACCUCCACUGCAACUACCACCAGGAGGACGACGCCACCUACCUCUGCAACUACCACCAGGAGGACGACGCCACCUACCUCUGCAACUACCACCAGGAGGACGACGCCACCUACCUCCACUGCAACUACCACCAGGAGGACGACGCCACCUACCUCCACUGCAACUACCACCAGGAGGACGACGCCACCUACCUCCACUGCAACUACCACCAGGAGGACGACGCCACCUACCUCUGCAACUACCACCAGGAGGACGACGCCACCUACCUCUGCAACUACCACCAGGAGGACGACGCCACCUACCUCUGCAACUACCACCAGGAGGACGACGCCACCUACCUCCACUGCAACUACUACCAGGAGGACGACGCCACCUACCUCUGCAACUACCACCAGGAGGACGACGCCACCUACCACCAGGAGGACGACGCCACCUACCUCUGCAACUACCACCAGAAGGACGACGCCACCUACCUCUGCAACUACCACCAGAAGGACGACGCCACCUACCUCUGCAACUACCACCAGGAGGACGACGCCUACCUCCACUGCAACUACCACCAGGAGGACAAGGCCUACCUCCACUGCAACUACCACCAGGAGGACGACAAGGCCUACUUCAACUACUCCCAUAACUGAGACGACCACGCCACCUACCUCAACUACUCCCAUAACUGAGACGACCACGCCGCCUACCUCAACUACUCCCAUAACUGAAACGACCACGCCACGUACCUCAACUACUCCCAUAACUGAGACGACCACGCCGCCUACCUCAUCUACUCCCAUAACUGAGACGGCAACGCCACCUAUCUCCACUACUCCCAUAACUGAGACGGCAACGCCACCUACCUCCACUACUCCCAUAACUGAAACGACCACGCCGCCUACCUCAUCUACUCCCAUAACUGAGACGGCAACGCCACCUACCUCCACUACUCCCAUAACUGAAACGACCACGCCGCCUACCUCAUCUACUCCCAUAACUGAGACGACCACGCCGCCUACCUCAACUACUCCCAUAACUGAGACGGCAACGCCACCUACCUCCACUACUCCCAUAACUGAAACGACCACGCCGCCUACCUCAUCCACUCCCAUAACUGAGACGACCACGCCACGUACCUCAACUACUCCCAUAACUGAGACGGCAACGCCACCUACCUCCACUACUCCCAUAACUGAAACGACCACGCCGCCUACCUCAUCUACUCCCAUAACUGAGACGACCACGCCGCCUACCUCAACUACUCCCACAACUGAGACGACCACGCCGCCUACCUCAACUACUCCCACAACUGAGACGACCACGCCGCCUACCUCAACUACUCCCACAACUGAGACGACCACGCCGCCUACCUCAACUACUCCCACAACUGAGACGACCACGCCGCCUACCUCAACUACUCCCACAACUGAGACGACCACGCCGCCUACCUCAACAACUCCCAUAACUGAGACGGCAACGCCACCUACCUCAACUACUCCCACAACUGAGACGACCACGCCGCCUACCUCAACUACUCCCACAACUGAGACGACCACGCCGCCUACCUCAACUACUCCCACAACUGAGACGACCACGCCGCCUACCUCAACUACUCCCAUAACUGAAACGACCACGCCACGUACCUCAACUACUCCCACAACUGAAACGGCAACGCCACGCAUACCAUGCACAUGUGAAUUUGGAGGCAAGAUUGUGAAUGCUGGCGACCUUGUUUACAUCUCUAGUGGCAACAGCGGUUUGUGCUCCUAUGUGAGAUGUUCACCAACGUGCACCCUCGUCACCUCGCUCGAACUGUGCCCAACUACAACCCAGCCCACAAUGAGCAGCCCUCCAAGCACGUACCAAUCCACCUCGCCCCAAUCUGGCUGCUACUACAACGGUCAUUAUUACAAUAUCGAUACCAAUUGGACCAAGCCGGGUGAUAACUGCACACACUUUACAUGCAAGAGUGUAUUAGGGCAGGCUUCUAUUGUGGAGAUGAAGAUCAGCUGUAGUCCAGCCAUUAAUAUCAGCUCUUGCCAACCUGGAACCGUGAUAAAGGAUGAAUAUGGCUGCUGUUCAAGUUGUCCUCUGCAACAGUCUCCUUGUCGAUUAUUUGAGGGAAGUGCCGAGAUCAACUUGCCUGGAUGUCAACCAAAAAACAUAUCCUUGCCUUUCUGUCAGGGGAACUGUUCGUCAACGACAAGACUUGACGUCCCAUCCAUGGCACCGGUGUACACCUGUAACUGCUGCCAUGACCUAGAAUCUGAGGGUAUUAGACUUUCAUUGACUUGCACUGGAGGAUCUCAAUAUUAUGACUACAUCUACAUUAAAUCCUGUAGAUGCACAAGCUGUUCAUGAAC